AUGUCCGAUCGUUUCAAUGGAUCCUCCUUCAUGGAUAAAUUCAACAGCCACACACUGCGCGGACGUGCCAAUGUGGCCAAGGCCACGCUGGCCGGUCUGGGCGUCGCCUAUGUGCUGCUGAAGAUGCAGCAGGCCUGGGUGAAGCGUCGCGAGGCCAAGCUCUACUGCAAGGGCUGUCAGAAGGUCCUGCUGCGCCACUAA